AUGGCCAGUGCGGGCGGUUUGGUUCGUGAUCACAACGGCUCGUGGGACGUGGGUUUCAUCACAAAGAUCGAGAUAACUAGCAGUUUUAUAAAUGGCGGAACUCUGGGGAUUGAGGGAUGGGCACUUGCUUUAAGAAUCAUUAUCGAAACAGACUCUGAAUCAACGGUCAAUGCGGUGAAGAGUGAAGGCGGUGCCAGACCUGAAGCUGGGACCCUUAUUCAGGACAGCAAAAAUAUUCGGGAACAAAUUAAGGAUUGGGAUUUCAUCCAUACCCUCAUUGAAGGCAAUCAGUGUGCUGAUUUUCUGGUCAACUUGGCGAAAAACAGUGACUGGGGUACGUAUAGUACUCAGAUUGGAACGUGA